GGCUGUUUCGUCCAAUUCCCUGAAAAAACAGGAAAAUUUAGGAAGCCUUCAUGGGCGCCGUUUCUUCUUCUUCUUUUGACUCUGGCGAUAAUUCUCUCUUUGCAAAUUACGACAAAGUCCGUGUACCCCAUCCGGGUCAGUCUUUUUUAUGGAUCAUCGGAGUCCGAUCAGUGGUUUUUUUAUCCGGAAACGUGUUCCGGGUUCUUGGGGGAGUUGCCGAGGAGGAAAGUGGUGAUGUCGAUAAAAGAUUUUGGAGGUGUCGGAGAUGGGAAAACGUCGAAUACCGAAACGUUUCGGAGAGCGGUACGGUACAUGCAAGGUUUUGGAGAUAGAGGUGGCAGCCAGUUGAAUGUGCCGGCCGGUACUUGGCUUACCGGAAGUUUCAAUCUCACCAGUAAUUUCACGCUGUUUCUUGAAAAGGAUGCUGUCAUUUUGGGCUCUCAGGACACAAAUGAAUGGCCCAUCAUAGAGCCAUUACCGUCUUAUGGAAGAGGGAGAGAGAGAUUAGGAGGAAGACAUAUUAGCCUUAUUCAUGGAGAUGGCCUCACCAAUGUUGUCAUUACAGGACAGAAUGGGAAGAUUGAUGGUCAAGGGAAAUUGUGGUGGGACUUAUGGUGGAACAGAACAUUGCAGCACACAAGAGGCCACCUCCUAGAACUAAAGAACUCUCAUAACAUUCUCAUCUCCAAUCUCACCUUCCGUAACUCUCCCUUUUGGACUAUCCAUCCAGUUUAUUGCAGCAAUGUUAUUAUCAGAGGCAUGACAAUCCUUCAGAUAAGACAUGGGAACUGUUUUGUAGAAAAGCGUUUGGCUUUAACAUGUCUUGUCCAAUGGAGCUGAAGAAAUUGUCUCAUGAAAUCCCUGCAAAGUGUGGAGGUUUACCAUUAGCAAUUGUGGCUGUAGGUGGUCUUUUGUCAAACAAAAACAAGGUUGUCUGUAAAUGGCAAAAGCUACUUCGUGGUUUAGGGUCAAAGUUAGGAAGCAAUCCCCAUCUAAGAAGUUGCUACAGAGUUUUAUCUGAAGGUUAUUAUGAUCUCCCUCACCACCUCAAGUCAUGCCUCUUGUACUUUGCGUUGUUUCCACAAGGCUUUAAAAUUAAUUUUGGGAGACUAAUACGCCUAUGGAUACCUGAGGGCUUUGUCCAAUAUAGCGAAACCUACUCGCUUGAACAAGUUGCAGAGGAUUACUUGAUAGAGCUCAUUGACAGAAGUUUGGUUCAAGUUUCAUGUAGAAAGGCUUUGGGACGAGUUAGAAGAUGUAAAGUCCAUGAUCUAAUGCAUGAAAUCCUUAUCAAAAAGACUAAAGAAUUGGGUUUCUAUCGAGACCUAAGUGGAGAAGUCUUGAGUCAUAAAUCUCGUCGUAUUUCAAUAAAUAAAGGUACUGAUGAUGCUCUAAAAAGAAUCAAGGAUUCAAUGAUCGUUCUAUUUGUUUUUUCAGAGUAGACAAACUUCCUCAGUCUUUCAUGAGUACACUUUUUGCCCAUUUCAAGCUUCUGAAAAUGCUUGAUUUUGAAGAUGGUCCUGUGGACUACCUUCCUGAUGGAGUGGGAAAGCUCUUUCAUUUGCACUACUUAAGUUUGAGAAGAACAAACAUAAAAGAACUUCUCAAGUCUAUAGGCAUGCUUUUUAACUUAGAAACUCUAGAUUUGAAGGAGUCUUUUGUGUCUGAGCUGCCGGUUGAGAUCAAGAAUCUAAAAAAAAUUUGCGCUGUCUAAUUGUAUACAAUAAGGACGGA